AUGGAAAAGGAAUAGUAUAAAUUAGUAGAUGAGAAAAGUACAGAGUUGAUGUUUGAAAGUAAAUUGAGAAUAAAUUUUCUCAAGAUUUUUAAAAAAUUGAAUAAAGUUCAUGAUUUUUAAAGUCGUUAGAAAGUUUUCGAGUGCUGUAUUGAUGCAAAUUUUUAGAGCAAUAAAUUAAUAUUUGGAGAGCAAUUUUCUAGCAUUGAUAUUUAUUAAUUAUGCUUACUUAACUAAUAUUAUAAAGUAUAAAGUAUGACGUUAUUGNGGAACGAUUCUAGACCUAAUAAUUAAUAAAGAAAUUCCUAAAAUACAAAAUUUAGAAGAUAGUCAAAUUAAAAUCAAAAUCAAGGUUUUGAUAGAUAAAGAAAUCAAAAUUAAAAAAGAAGAAAUUAAACUUAAAGAGGAGGUGGAAAUAAUUAAGGAUUUUAAUAAUAAGGUGCUUAGCGAAGAAGAAGAUAGGGCUUCAAAUAAAAGAAUUAAAAUGUAAUUAAUUAGAUUUAAAAAAGGGUGAAAAGAGAGAUAAUUAAAGAUUCAUUAAGACAGGUAGAAGAAAGAAUUAACUAAAUUCUGAAGUACUCAAAAUUGCAAAAGAUAUCCAGAGUAAAAAUUUAAUAUUAUCUAGGAAAAAAUAAAAUGGAACAACAGUUAGACAAGUAUUGGAAGAAAGCAGAAUAAAACAAUUAAGAUGAAAAACCUGUUCAAGAAAUAAACAUUGAUAAAUGAUAAAAAUUAAAAUAGC